AAACCGAAGAGCCCAGCAGCCCCUACCCAUCGGAGGGAGUUGCGUAUGCAGCGCGUUGCUUGAGGAGCCUGUGUGAUGCGUGAUGAUUUGACAGCAUGUCCACCAGCUGCACUGUUUGUGUCCGCGGAUACCCCACUGACUUGCCACCAGAGCGGGUGGCUGACAAACUGAUGAUCCAUUUUCUGCGAGCACGCAAUGGCGGUGGAGAAAUUGUCAACAUUGAAUUUGCACCAGAGUUCCCAGACUAUGCUAUGAUCACCUUUGAGGAUGCAACAGUGGUUCAACAGGUACUGAAGGCCAAAAAACAUGUCUUGUCUGUCAGUGGGAAAAACUACCCUUUGGAAGUGACUGCAAACGCAACUGAAUUGAACCCCAAUGAGAUCUUUGUGCGCGUCUACAUGAAGAUUAAUUAUGGAUGCUUCCCGAAUGGGAAGAAUAUCCUGUGCAGUUUGCACAAGCAGUAUGAGGACAUACACUUCAACUUUAACUCCCAGGAGCUGACCUGCUCUGUCAAAGGAUCCUUCACGGAGUUGCAGGCCUUCAGUUCUGAGUUGCUGAGAUGCCUCAGGAGCAAGCAAAGCACUAGCUUCAUAGCAAAUAGAGGGAGCUCUGCAAGAGAUGGGACCUCACACCAGGAGGAGGAGGAGGAGGAGGGACCAGUAAGAAACUCUGUGGAGAGCCAACUAGAGCCACUGGGGGACUUUUCCUUGGUGGUAGACUCUGACAUUUACCUUUAUAUGCAGAAGUUCUGCUCUGAGGAAUUCAGCAACAUUUUGCAUCAGCACCAGGUGGAUGUGAUGGAUGUCAGUAGCGACGACAUCACCACUCUCUAUUUGCGAGCAGCAUCUGCUGAGGCUGGCGGGGUGAAUGCCCUGCUGUCUGCUCACCUGGCCCUCUCUCAGCUUUCUCAACAGUUGGAAGGUACUCUGCGGAAAGAGAAAAUCAGCAAGGGAGAUUUGGGGGUUGGUGGUGGCAGAGGGCUGCCAGGGGAGCUGCAGAGAUGCUACCCACUGCUGUUAUGUCACGAGGAUGAUGGGCAUUUCUAUCUCAUUGGGAAUAUGGUGGAUGUUUCACAAGCCAAAGAAUAUGUCCAGGAUUUCAUCACCGCAAAGAGAAAGGUGCAGGAUCAUCAGGAAACUGAGGUCCCCCAGUCUGCAUACUUGCAGACUCUGAUCCAUGGCCAGAGUGCUUUGCCAGCCCAGCUUGAGUCCCCUGCAAAAUAUGCAUCAAGGAAACUAAGUGCAUUGAGGUCCCACAGCAAAACUGAACACAGACUGGCUGCCAAAUUCAACUCAAAGGCGUUUUUUAAUCAGGAUAUCUCACUAAUAGGGAAACUCCCUGGGGGCUUGUUUCAAAAAGUUGAUCACCUGACUCCAGACAGUGAGCUUCAGGUUUUGGCUGCUGCUACUGAAUUGGAGAGCCAGGACAGACAACCCACAGAGUUCCAGAAAGCACCACAAGGGAUGCAAGCAGAUUUCCCUUUGGCCAGCUCUGACACUACUGUGCCAGGUUCUGAGGGACAGAGAAACUUUGACCUUAAGAGGCCUUCAGCCUCAAGUACCUUCAGAUCCUUGAACCUGUUUGACACCACAGGGGCUGUGGAUCACAAAGUUUCAGAACCAAGAUCUCUCCACAGACGCUCCAGUAGUUUCUUGCUGCAUAAACCUCAGAACUGCAGCGAGACCGUGGAUGAGCCACUACUAGUGGCCAAGGUCAAUGUGGAUCAUUUGCAGCAGGAGGGCCAAGAAGAAAUCCACCAUACUGUGCAGAAGGAGAUCAGCAAGGAAGUGUUCGCCCAGAUGGAGAAAGGUUGGGACGUGGAGUCUCAGAACAACAAAGAAAGUCUCUUGAGCUCCGGUUUGUUUACAGUCCAAACAGAUGAUAGGGUUCCUUCAGACAUGCAAAAGGCAGAGGCCCUCAUGAUGUCUCCCGAUUACAUCAAUGAGAGCUUCAGCUACUCUGAGCUAGCCAUGGAAGGACCGGAGGACGAGGCUCUGACGGAUCUGUGUAACUACCUGAAAGUUUGCCAUGACCACAUUAUCGUCAGACGAAACAGGUACAGGCUGGGCCUUGCCUACCCCUGCAAGGUGAAGUUGGAGGUACUGAAAGUGUUCCAUUUCUUUUCUGCCCAGAGGGGGACUUCCCUGCCUGAGCGGCUGCUUUCCCAUGAUAUGCAGCAAGGGAAGGUUCAGGAUGAGAUGUCAAGCACAAAGAUCCAGAGGAGACCUCCGCUGCGGAAGGGAAGCAGCAGAGCCUACCUGUCGGACAGCUCACUUUGCCUAGACAGUCUUGCUGGAGAGAACUCAUCCUCCCCAGUUCAGAGGUUGCUCAAUGUCAGUGGUUUCCAGCCUGCAAUGGUGCAGGAUUUGCCAAGUGAUCGAAAAGCAGAGCAAAGCAAGAACUUUGAGAAAACCACAGACACCAGCAAGCAUUUGCAGCCCUGGAAACCACUUGCAGAAGUCAGACGGGGGUUGCCAGACAGAUUCCAUUUUGUAAGAGACUGCGGAAAAGAGGGAUGCAGCCAUGAAGCAGAGAGAGGGCCGUGCUCCUUGCCUGCUCUGCCAUUGGACAUUUCUGCCCCAGUACAGUUGCAGGCGGCAGGCAAGCGCUUUUCCCCAGCUGGAGGAGGUGCUGCUUCAGAUUUGGAUGGAAGAGCUCCCAGCCCAAGGAGGGAGCCCACGGCUGGAGAAUCUGGGCUGUGCCGAAGCACCCCUGCUGCCACAUCCAUGCAUGCCCCCUGCAGCCAUACCCUUUGCAGGACACGCUUCUCCACCAGGAGCAUUUCCCCACCCUACGGCUGCACCUCCCCUGUCAUCGCUGGAACUUUUGCAGCUGUAACCUUAUCACAGAGCCUCCCUGGGUAUUUCCGAGAUCUGACACUUAAACUAACAUAUGACAUUCCUGAUGGGGUGCAGCAAGCUGGUCAUCCUCGCCCAGGGCUUCCAUAUCGAGGAGAUCGCUUUGAGGCCUUCCUCCCUGACAACCCAGAGGGACAGCGGUUGAUGGUGCUCCUACAUAAGGCAUUUGAGCGCGGUCUGAUCUUCCAAAUCCGAUCCUGCGGCUCAGGGGAGAAGGUGACUUGGGGAUCCAUCCCCCACAAGACCUCCAUGGAGGGAGGCAAGGACAGAAAUGGCUACCCAGAUGCCCAGUACCUCCGGCGCAUCAGCCUGAUGCUAAAAGAACUAAGCAUUGAAUGAAAGAAGACCCUCCAAGCAUCAUAGUAGAGGCCAGCAGACCUCUGCCCUGCCAAACCCAAGCAUCAUUAGUUGUUUCGCACGACAGGCAUUUGGAGAAUCCUCCUUUUCUCUGGGGCAAGAGUCAUUCUCUAGUGUUCAUGUGCCCUCAAUCUAGCCGUUCAUACAACACAUGGCCACGUUCGGCCCUGGCCACACCUCCAACUGGUGAGAAACUGGCAUUUUUAGCACUCUGUAGUGCUAAAAGGGUCAAAUGUAGCUUGCAAACUAGCAAAGUAUAAUCCUUUUAGUGCUAGAGUUUUACUGCUGGUGAUUUUUUUAAAAGAAAAUGGGAGUGCCCUAUAGAGUGCGGCUGAUGGGGUCAGGGGUCAGGUAUGAGAACAGCCCCCAGACCUCCCGCAGUUGCCCACCCCUGCAUUGGCAGAUACCCCCUUUCAGCCUCCUUGCCUUCAGGGCUGUCUUUUGGAGCCUCCCUGCAUGUGCAGCACUUCUGUCUCCGUUCUCUCAGCUUCUAGUUACAUGAAGGGCACUUGCGUGAGCAGCCCUUUGCAAAAUCCCCUUCCUUCCAUGCGGUCAGCUGCUUUCCAAGCAAAGAGACUUUGACAUGCAGGCUCUUUUAGAGGAGUUUCCUUUCCCACACCCAGACCCCACGUGGGUUUUGAAGUGGGAAGAGUCACAUCAUUGUAGCACUUGCAUGGCUGAAGGUGCUCUGAUGGCAUCUUGUGACUUUAGUCCAUCACAUUGCUCAUAAUAUUCAUAUCUGUGGGAGUUUUCCCACAUUAUUGUUUCAUUUUAAUUAAUGUCCACUUCCAGGGUUGGCUUCAGACACUGGUCUGAAGUAGCAGGACGCUGUAAUGUAAGACUCAUGCAAAAAGGGAAAGUAGUAACUCUCCUUCCCUGUGAGAUGCAGGAUUCCUCCAUUCAGAAAUCAUCCUCCAAGCGGGAAAUGCAGAUGCAUGAAUCAUUUGGGCAUCUGAUCCCGUGUCCUGCCUCAAGUCACACACCGCGAGGGAGGUGAUCUUGCAGGCUUUCAUGUUGGGGCUCUAACAGUCUUUGGGUAAAAACUGUUCUCCCCUUGGAAGGAGGGGAAGAAAGCAAGCACUUAAGGGACAGCCCUUGCCUCCAUUUCUCUUCCCACUUCGUGCCUUGCUCUGCAGCGUGUGCUUUGGGGAAGCUGAAAAUAAGUUUGCCUUGGUAAUUUUGCUAACCUUGCUUCUUUAUUCAUAACCUGACUAUCCAGAGUCUGUUCUGUAUCAAAAACCAAGUUCCAGGUCAUAUAGCAGGGCUUUUGUUUUAUUUUUCAAAUAUGGCCUUUAACUCUUAUUAGAACCCUGUUUAAACCAAGAGGCCAAAUGUAUACGGUUAGAAAACUGGAAUCUCUUCUGAAUGUAAUGGCAAAGCCCUAGAAACUGUGAAAUUAUAAUAAAAAGGCUGUCCUUUUCUCCUGUUCACCCAGUGUUUUAUAACUCCCUCUUUUCAGCAGUGUCUUUUGUAAAUUAAAAACCUUUUCUAAAUUAAAA